CUAAUAGCACAUUUUUUUAACUUUCUCACUGUUCGAUGAUCAAUAUAUUUUUCUGCUGUAAACUGAUCAACAGUUUAUAAUAUAACUAUUUAUAAAUUUUGUUUAGGCGACUAUUUUUGUGAGUGUUGGUAUCCCUGUAAUUGCUAUAGUUUGACGUUUCCUUUUCCAUGUGGCAUGGUGUCGGCGUAAGGUAAAUCAAGAUGCAGAUCUUCGUUAAGACCCUAACGGGCAAGACCAUCACUCUUGAGGUCGAGCCCUCGGACACUAUCGAGAAUGUGAAAGCCAAGAUUCAAGAUAAGGAGGGAAUCCCUCCUGAUCAGCAGAGGUUGAUCUUCGCCGGCAAACAGCUGGAGGAUGGCCGCACGCUAUCCGACUACAACAUCCAGAAGGAGUCCACCCUCCACCUCGUGUUGAGGCUGCGAGGUGGUGCCAAGAAGCGCAAGAAGAAGAACUACUCCACCCCCAAGAAGAUCAAGCACAAGAAGAAGAAGGUCAAGCUAGCUGUGCUCAGGUUCUACAAGGUGGACGAGAACGGCAAGAUCCACCGUCUCCGUCGCGAGUGCACGGGCGAGCAGUGCGGCGCCGGCGUGUUCAUGGCCGUCAUGGAAGACCGUCACUACUGCGGCAAGUGCCACAGCACCAUGGUCUUCAAAGACGACGACAAAUAGACUAAGAUGUAGCCGUAAGCCUCGCUCGGACUGCUGUGUAUGAUGGAUUUUUCAAUAAAUCUUGACACAGUGUCGGAGUA